UCAGUCUGCCGUUGACUUCCCGUUCAAUCACAGUAAGCAAAAUGCACAGUAAGCGUACGAUUCUAGUUUGGACGGUGGCCAUUUUGGCUACGGUAGGAGCGAUCCCAGCAGGCUUUGCCGAUGUAUCCGAUCAAAUUUCGGCCACGAUCGAGGCGGAGAAAAAUGUCGGAGUGUUCACUGUUGGGAAUCAACUUCCGGGUCCAAGUGGCAAAGUGGGUCAACAACUGGUCUACACCCUCGGACAACGGGUCGUAGGUGAUCGUCUUGUGUCGACCAAAUCGGAUAGCAAACAGUGGCCAACGCUGCAGGACGUUACGCUAAGCUUGGCCUAUCCACAGUCCGGCGUUGGAGCUGUCGUGACUUACGUCCAGGUGAUCGUCAAACAGAGCAGCAAUCUUGGCAAAGGGUACGUCGUGUCCGGAGGAAUCGGUCAGCGAUUCAUCCAUUUGAACAUCGAAGCCUACAGUACCAAUUACUUCACUUACACUGUUCAAAUCUUUGGAUUGUAAACUGUAUUAGCGAUAAGCACUUACCUCGUAAUAAAAUCCCGGAUUAUAUCCGGCGCCACCGAACAGGAAGAGCAACGCGUGGCCACUCAGUAUGGUGAA